AUGAAAGAGGUGGUGAGAUUGCACGAAGUGCCUGUGUCCAUUGUGUCGGACAAAGACCCGCGUUUCAUGUCUAACUUCUGGAAGAGUCUUCAGGUAGCUUUGGGGACCCAGUUGGAUUUUAGUACAGCUUUUCAUCCGCAGUCUGAUGGGCAGACAGAGAGAUUGAAUCAGAUAUUGGAAGAUAUGUUGCGUGCCUAUGCCAUAGAGUUUUCAGGAAGUUGGGAUGCUCACUUGCAUUUGAUGAAGUUUGCUUAUCAUAACAGCUACCAGUCUACUAUUGGAAUGUCACCAUUUGAGGCCCUUUAUGGGAAGAGUUGCAGAUCACUUGUCUGUUGGGAUGAGGUUUGGCAGGAAAGGGAAAUUGAGUCCGAGAUUCAUUGGACCUUUCGAGGUAUUGGAACGAAUUGGCCCCGUAGCUUACCGAUUGGCAUUGCCUUCCCAACACUGUCUUUAGUUAAUAAUGUCUUCCAUGUUUCGAUGCUGAGAAAGUAUGUGACCAACCCAUCCAAUGUAGUUGACUUUGAGCCCUUGCAGUUGAAUGACAACUUGAGCUACGAGGAGAGACCUGUAGAGAUUCUCGCCAGAGAGGUAAAGAAAUUAUGCCGUAGGGAGAUAGCCUUUGUGAAAGUCCUGUGGCAGAAUCAUCAGUUCAAGGAAGCCACUUGGGAGUGA